AUGAACAUAAUCCUAUUCAUAAUAGCCUCAUCUUUAAUUCUAAGUGUAAUCCUGACCGCAUUAAAUUUCUGACUAGCACAAAUAAACCCAGACUCGGAGAAACUAUCCCCAUAUGAAUGUGGAUUUGACCCACUAGGGUCCGCCCGGCUGCCAUUUUCAAUUCGAUUCUUCCUAGUAGCGAUCCUGUUUCUACUAUUUGACCUGGAAAUUGCUCUGCUCCUACCAUUACCAUGGGCCAUGCAACUACAAACCCCUACCACUACACUAACAUGAUCUUCCAUCCUUAUUCUCCUCCUAACUCUAGGCCUAAUUUACGAAUGAAAUCAAGGAGGAUUAGAAUGGGCAGAAUAA